AACCAGGAUCAUCUCAAAAACUCCAUGCAAAGACACCAAAUCACCAGAGAUCACAGUACUUCUCCACCUGGUGGAAACUCAUCUUCCAACCAAUGUUCUGACAAUCCCGGCUUCCCACCCACCGAACAAGAACCACAUAUCUCAGAGUUUAAUCUUUGUUCAAAAUAAACUUUAUUUACCUGAUUUCUUAGUCUCCUGUUUUUCUGUACAUGGGUCAAAAUACUUGAACCCAACAUGACAGAACACUCAGUCCAACAGUCAGACCUCACAGAAGCUCUCAGGAGGACUAUGGCAGAGCAACACUCACUAAUCCAAUCCCAUGAUACUGUUUUACAAGUUCUUUGUGAUGGCCAAACCGAAACGAAUCACCAUCUUGAAGAACUAUCUAAUUCAGGGGUGUCAAACUCCAGUCACCAAGGGCCGGUGUCCUGCAGUUUUUAGAUGUGCCACAGGUACAAAACACUGGAAUGAAAUGGCUUAAUUACCUCCUCUUUGUGUAGAUGAGUUCUCUAAAGCCUUGCUACUGACCUAAUUAUUCUAUUCAGGUGUGGUGCAGCAGAGGCACAUCUAAAAGUUUCAGGACACCGGCCCUUGAGGACUGGCGUUUGACACCUCUAAUUUGUUACAAAGCUCUCUCCAUCAGACCUCCACUUCCACUUCCUCUCCAGAACCACCGGUCCACUCCAUGUCUUCAGAUAUCCAUCUACCUACUCCAGAAAAGUUCUCAGGUGAUAUUAAUCGUUGUGGUGGUUUUCUUCAGUGCUCUAUAGUAUACAAUCAUUUUGCUUUUGAAAUUACAUAUGGCAGAGCCUUGAUUGUUCAGAAGCAAGAUUCCCUACUCCUGCUAAUUUUGUUUGCACUUCCCAUGACUUUUUGAAGGGGUUUAAGCAGAUUUUUAGCCAAGAACCUGAUGAAACAUCCAAUUCCCAUGAGUUAUGGACAAUCAAACAAGAGCAGAGAUCAGUGGCAGAUUUCGCCAUCAAUUUUAGAAUUAAAGCGGGAGCGUCAGGCUGAAAUGCAUCUGCUUUAAAAAGUGCAUAUUUUAAAGCACUCAGCAAAUCUUUAAAAUAUGAACUAGCAACUCUGGAUGAACCUGCAACACUAAAAGGUUUAAUUAGUUUAACAAUUCGGCUAGAUAACAGGAUAUGUGAUUGAGUGAAGGAAAGAAAUGAGGAGUACAUCUGACAGAUUGUCUUCUCCUACUACACUUAUUCACCUUCUAUCUUCUCCGCAGAGCCAGACUGAACUGGAGCCCAUGCAACUUGGUCAAACCUGUUUAACGCCUGAAGAAAGACUUAAGAGAAUGACUUCCCAUCUCUGUCUCUACUGUGGUUCACCCGAGCACUUCAUCGCUCUUUGCCCAGUUCGACCAAAAGCUAUAAAUGCGAGGAGACUGGCAGGCCACUUGUGUGAAAAUAAGACUCCUCACCUUCUGAUACCAGCUGCCUUGUUUCAUAAAACCCAUCUCUCUUCUCUCUAUGAUCAAAUCUGGGAGUGAACAGAACCUCAAUGAUUUAACUCUCAUUCAACAGAUGUCCAUAGAAGCAGUUCCACUUACUGUGCCGCUCCGUGUCUCCACCUUGGACAGCAAGGCGCUAUCCCAGAUCACCCACAAGACUCAGUUAAUCAUCUCUGUGGACAAUAGAGAACAAAUCACCUUUUACGUAUUUCCCACAGCCAACUCUCCCUUAGUCUUAGGUUUUGAUUGGCUACAGAAACAUAAUCCCCACAAUAACUGGUCUGAAAUGCACAGGGACUCUUGGUCACUUAACUGUUAUUCCACUUGUCUCCGCUCAGCAGUUCCACCAGGUCCAUCCCCAGCAGUCAAAAAAGAGCCAAACCCACCUGAUCUUACGCUCAUCCUAGAGGAUUAUCAUGAUUUGGCUCUGGUAUUCAGUAAAUCAAAACCUGUCUCUUCCACCUCAUCGCCCAUAUGACCUUCUUGCAGGACCCCCAUUACCCACCAGCUGUUUGAAUAACAUCUCCCGUCCAGAACACAAGACCCUGGGAAAAUACAUAAGACACUCUUUCCGCAGGCAUAAUUUGUGCCUCUUUAUCUCCUCUUGGUGCCGGAUUCUUUUGUGGGGAAGAAAGAAGGCUCAUUAAGACCAUGCAUCGACUACAGAAGUUUAAAUCAAAUAACUGUAAAAUACAAAUGCCCUCUGCCUCUUUUCUCCUCAGUUUCAGAACCAGUUCACGGCGCAACAAUCUUCACCAAUCUUCACCAAUCUCGACCUCAGGAACGCAAAUCAUCAAUUCCGCAGCAGCCAGGGGGACGAAUGGAAGACGUCAUUCAAAACACCCAUAGGACACUUCGAGUAUCUUGUCAUGCCUUUUGGCUUAUCCAAUGCUCCUGCAUUUUUUCAUCUCUUGUUAAUGAUGUGCUGAGAGACUUUCUGAACAUUUUUGUAUUUGUUAGAUGAUAUUUUGAUCUAUUCCAAGACCCUUGCUGAACACAAAAAACAUGUCUGCCUCAUCCUACAACUCCUUAUGAAUAAUAAACUGUAUGUCAAAGCUAAGAAAUGCAAGUUUCACCAACCAUCAGUCACAUUCCUGGGUUUCAUACUUGAGGGCGGACAGGUAAGACCCACAUAGGAAAAAAUCAAGGUUGUUUUGGACUGUCCCAUUCCUGAAAUGCGUAAACAGCUUCCAAGGUUCUUCAGAUUUGCCUACUUCUACCGACGAUUCAUUCGGAACUACAGUCGAACCGCAUUACCACUCACAGCUCUUACUUUCAACAAGACAGCAUUCAGUUGGACACCCGAAGCUGACGCCGCUUUCCAUCAGCUCAAAUUGCUUUUUUCUAAAGCUCCUGUUCUAAUUGAACCUGAUCCCAUUAAACAAUUCAUUGUUGAAGUAGAUGCUUCUGAAACAAGAAUAGGAGCUGUCCAAUCUCAGUUCUCUGAUUCUGAUACUAAAGCUCAUCCUUGUGUUUUUUAAUCCCGCAGAUUAUCCCCUGCAGAACACAACUAUGAUUUGGGUGAUGGAGAACUCCUCGCUAUUAAACUUGCCUUGGAGGAGUGGCGGCACUGGUUGGAGGGCACAGAACAUCCUGUUCUGGUCUGGCAUCCUGACCAGGAGUUCCAGAAAUAUCCAACCUGAUUCCCUUUCCCGACUCUAUUCUCCUGAUGACUCACAAAAGGUCCCUGCCACCAUUCUUCCACCCAGUUGUACAGUUGCCUCAGUUACUUGGGAAAUCAAAGAUCUCAUCCACCAAGCCCAGGAAUCUGAACCUGCUCCUGCUCAUCCCUCACAAGAAGGUCUAUGUCCUUACGUCUGUCCGAGCCCACCUAAUUCAUUGGAUCCAUUCUGUUAAAUUCUCAGCACAAUUGCUCUUGUCAACCGAGGUUCUGGUACCCCUCGAUACAUAAAGAUGUUAAAGAAUACGUCCUCUGCUGUCCUGUCUGUGCAAGAAAUAAAUCUUCUAAUUAAUCCUCAUCUGGUCUCUUGCAACCCCUGUCCAUCCUUCAGCGCCCUUGGUCACAUAUCUCCAUCGAAUUUAUCUCCGGACUCUCAUAUCAAAAGAUUGGAUGACGAUGAUGAAGAACACAGCUACUUUGGGAAGAAGUACAUUGGCGUGGGACAAGGUGGAACACUAGAGAUUUUUGGUGAAAAGAAGCUGGCUUGGACUUUCCUCAACAAGACCCUCCAUCCUGAAAAGAGCAACCAAAAAAGUUACCUUUUCCACAGAAGCUGGGGGAACCGAGGCAUCAUUCUCCAUGUAAUUGAUCCUACUACUGGAGAUGUACUGCAUAGUGACAGGUUUGACACAUACCAGGGGAAGACGGAAAGUUAUCGCCUUGCAAAGUUUGUUGAUGACAUAAAGGCAGGUCUCAUCUUGUGCAUGAUGGUCAAUGAUGAAGGUUCAAACAACUUAGAAGAUUCAGCCAAAAAAAGCCUGUCCAGGUUAGGCAGCAUCUUCAUCAGCAAUCUUGGAUUUCGAGAUCCUUGGACCUUUAUUGUCAAAAAAGGUCACCCUUCUUCUGCUGUGGAGGAUCACACAGUCUAUAAAGGAACUAAAGAAUCAUCAAAGGCUCAGAGCUCUUUUCAAUUCCAGUCAAGUUCUGGAGAGUACUUUACCAUCACCAGCAACAGCCAGUGGGCACAAGAGGCAGAGUGGACUGACUGGUUUGACAGGGACGAUGAAAGGGGAUCUGGAGACUGGGAGAAACUGUUUGACCUGCGCAAAGCGUAUCCAGAUCAACUGUGUAGCAGACCAUUGGACAUCCAGGUUCAAACCCAUGAUGGAAUACCCUUCAACCAGACAGGAGAUGUCAUCUACAAGAUCAGCAAGGACUAUGGUUUUGUCUGUCUCAACAAGGACCAGAUUCAUGGCCUAUGUCACAACUACCAAGUCAGAUUUCUCUGUGGAAAACUUGUUCGUCCACAGGUCUUUCUCUCAAUCAAUAUGUUAACAGACAACACCAUCUUGGAGCUUAGUGAUGAGGUGGUAGGUUGGAGGACUGGUGAUCAAGUGGUUGUGGCCAGCACAGACUACUCAAUGCACCAAGCUGAGGAGUUUACCCUGCUUCCCUGUCCUACUUGCAUGUCCAACCAAGUGAAGGUCAAAGGAAGAGCCAAGUUUAUCCACAUCGGUGAAGAAGUUGAUGGGGUGGAUAUGAGAGCAGAGGUUGGCCUGCUGACACGUAACAUCCUACUUCGUGGCGAGACUGAGCCCACCUGCUAUGGCCAUGAGGCUUGUAAAUUCUUUGACUUUGACACCUUCGGGGGACAUUUGAAGGUGCAACGGGGUUUCAGAGCUGUUCAUAUAUCUGGUUUGGAGCUUCAGUACAUGGGUCAGCAGACAAUGGGUCACUAUCCAGUCCAUUUUCACAUGAAUGGAGAUGUGGAUGAGAAAGGAGGCUACAGCCCCCCAACAUUUGUCAGUGAUCUAUCCAUUCAUCACUCUUUCUCACGCUGUGUUACAAUCCAUGGCUCCAAUGGACUUCUGGUAAAAGAUGUGGUGGGGUAUGAAACACUGGGCCACUGUUUCUUUACAGAAGAUGGUCCAGAGGAGAGAAACACAUUUUAUCACUGCCUUGGUCUGAUGGUAAGAGCAGGAACUCUCUUGCCGUCAGACAGAGACAGCAAAAUGUGUCGUGCUAUCACUGAUGGAGCAUACCCAGGAUACGUGGCAAAUCCACGGCAAGACUGCAGUGCAUCUUCAACUUUCUGGAUUGCCAACCCCAAUAAUAACCUCAUCAAUUGUGCUGCUGCAGGCUCAGAAGAAACGGGUUUCUGGUUUAUUUUCCAUCAUGUACCCACUGGCGCUUCAGAGGGUCUUUACUCUCCUGGACACACUGAACACACACCCAUGGGACAGUUUACCAACAACAGAGCCCACUCCAACUACAGGGCUGGAAUGAUCCUUGAUAAUGGAGUGAAGACUACAGAGGCCAAUGACAAGGACAAGAGACCCUUUCUGUCUCUAAUUGGAGCCAGGUAUAGCCCGCACCAGGAUGCAGAUCUCUUCAAACCCAGAGUUCCUGCAAUCAUCAGUCAUUUUAUAGCCUACAAAAACCAGGAUCAUGGAGCCUGGCUGAGAGGAGGAGAUGUGUGGCUCGAUGGCUGCCAAUUUGCUGACAAUGGCAUUGGUCUCACUCUUGCCAGUGGAGGAACAUUUCCAGAUGAUGAUGGUUCUCAUCAGCAGGUGAAGAACUCUCUCUUUGUUGGUGAAAGUGAUAAUCGUGGGAUGCUUCUUCCAGAUAACAACAUAUGGGGCCCAGGAGGUUCUGAUUUCUCCAGUAGGACACUGCCACGUGGAAUAGAUUUUCCUAUUCGAGGCAUGCAGAUCUAUGAUGGUCCAGUCAAUGUUCAGAACUGUACAUUUCGAAAAUUUGCAGCAUUGCAUGGACGACACACCAGUGCCUUUGGGUUCAGACUCAACAACUCGUGGCAGAGCUGCCCAAAGAAUUACGUCACCAACAUCACCUUUGACCAAGUUCCUAUCACGUCUCGGGUAUUUUUUGGAGAACCGGGUCCCUGGUUCAACAAGAUGCAGAUGGAUGGAGAUAAGACAACCAUCUUCCAUGACAUUGAUGGAUCAGUUAGUGAAUAUCCUGGAGCGUUUUUGGUUAAAGAAGACAACUGGCUGCUCCGUCACCCUGACUGCAUUGAUGUGCCUGAUUGGAAAGCUGCAAUCUGCAGUGGCCAUUAUGCACAGAUCUACAUCCAAACCCGAAAACCUGCCAACUUGAACAUGCAAAUAGUGAGGAAUGAAUAUCCUGACUGGCCACUGACAUUAGAAGGUGCCCUGGGAAAGAAGAAGCAUUACCAGCAAUUCCAGCCAGUGAUCACAUUAGCCAAAGGUUACACAGUUCACUGGGAUCAGACGGCACCAGCAGAGGUCACCAUUUGGCUCAUCAACUUCAAUAAAAACGACUGGAUCAGUUUGGGGAUCUGCUACCCAAAAGAAACUACUUUUACCAUCAUUGCUGACAUUCACAAUCGCCUCACUAAAAAGACAUUCAAGACUGGUGUCUUUGUGAAGACAACGCAGAGAGAGAAGAUCAAUCAUUCACACCUGACCAAGGGAUACUACUACUGGGAGGAAGAGACUGGCUUAAUCUUCCUAAAGUUAAAAGCCAAUAAUGAGAGGGAACAGUUUGCCUUUUGCUCUGUAAAAGGUUGUGAAAGGGUGAAGAUCACAGCGACCAUCCCAGAGGGAAGUCCACCCAGCAACUGCUUGGCCAAGGCAUAUCCAACACAUGCAGAGACACCUGUUGCCAAUGCAGCCAUGCCAAAAAAGAUACCAAAAAGCAGGCUGCUCUCAUCGGAACACUUUCUGGAGAUCAAAGUGGAGUCGUAUAUUACUCGCUUUUUCCACAUAAAGGAAGACUUUGCCUUUGUUGAGGUCAAUGGCAAGAAGUGGUACCAACAAGAAGAUGGAGUGCAGCUGACAGUAAUUGAUGGGCAUGAAGGGAAUGUGGUGGAGAGCAAAGGCUUCAGGAAUUCUGUCUUACAAGGUGUCCCUGCACAAUUAGAGAAUUAUGUUCAUGGACUAAAAGAUGGCUCCAUUGUGCUGGUGACAUCUAAAGGUCGUCUGGUUACUAAAGGAUCCUGGACCAAAGUUCUGGAAAUACUUGGUGCAAACAAAAUCAGUUUAAAAGAAAAACUGGCAUUUGUGGGUUUCAAAGGCUCCUUCUACCCCGACUGGGUAAAAUUGGAGAUCAGCAGUGACCAAGCAAAGAUCCAUCAGGUCUUGCCUGUCCCUGUUGUUUACAAGUUCAAAUUAUAAUUUUCAGGCCAAAUGAAGAGGUUUGGAAG